AAUUUCUGAAGAAAUUUCUUCCAAUGUAUAAGUAAUUCUCCUGAGGCUCUUCACAUAACUCAUUCAGGAAUUCCUCCAGGUUCAUCCAGGAGUUCAUGCCAACACGUCUGGUGAUUACUCUGGUGAUACUCCAGCAAUUUUUCCAUGGUUUUCUAGGAAUUCAUCCAGAGACUCCCGGAAUUCUACUAUUAUUUCGAGAUAUUCCACUGGGUCUUUGGAUAAAUCUUCAAAGAACUGUUAGAGAAAUGUUGAAUGAAUUCAGAUAAUCUGUAAAGGUAGAACCUUUCCACAAUGCCAACUACAAUUCAUCAUUGCAAGUGGUGUAAUGACCCUGCUGUAAUGCCAAGCGAUUCUAAGCCUAAGCAGAAUGCUAUCUUAGAAUUAUAACCCCUCUUCGUAUCUGAUACAGAAUUACGUCUGAACCUUUCCGACCUUGUUCCAAACUACACCAGACUUUGUUGCAGAAACCGUCUCGUUUAUGAAGGUCGUCCCUAGACAUGCUAUAACAACGCUUUCAACUAAUUACUACUUUCGCCACAAUUAGUCAGCCCAUUUGGCCAAUGCUUUCACUUCUAAUUAUCGGCCUCGUCGCGGUAUAAAAGCAUCUACCGUGAUUGAUGGCAAUGCUCAUUUGCGUAACUAUGCUUGUUAGGCUGCUAAUGAUAUGUGCGGGUCUUCGUGCGGUACAACCAGGGCACUCAUCGCUAGUGGAAUCUACCGUUUCCUUAAUGUUACGUGACUUCCGGCAUACUUUUGCACCGUCUCUCAUGCUGUUGGCGUCUACGACUACGGACGGUGGUCAGGAUUUGCGCGACGUGCUGGAAGAGGUCGUCACUCGUUUGGAGGGUGCCGUUACGCUGAGACUGGAUGUCCUGUCUGAGGGCCGUAUUCGUCGACCUUGCAUCCGUACUGUUAUGCUGAUAGAUGGAUACGAGGCUUUCCGGAGGUUGUAUGUGAUGUUGUCGGUUGAACGGUUCGACUUCUCCGGAAGGUAUUUGAUAGUGUUCAGUGGAUUGGUGGACGAAGGGUUUGCUAGAAGAGUCUUCGGAGAUUUGUGGGAUCUACAAAUCAUCAACGCCGUUCUGGUUGGAUACGGGGCGAACAGAACGCGCAUGUGGACGUACUUCCCGUACGUUGAUGGACACUGUGCUAUGGUGAACCUGGUUCAGCUGAAACCAUCCGAUCAGUACUUUCCGGACAAAACGUUGACGUAUCAUGGUUGUCCGUUCAAGGUGGGGUCAUUCGAGACUCGCCCCUUCACAAUCAUGGAACGUCCGGAGACAGGACCGCUCAAAAUGAGCGGCUUCGAGGGAGAUCUGCUGGACACCUUGAAAGAGAAGCUCAACUUCACCGUCCAAAUUUUCGAACCUAAGAAUGGCGAACAGUGGGGUUAUGCGCUGCCUCGUAACAGUACCGGAAUGAUGCGGAUGAUCCAGGAAGGCGAGGUCGAUUUUGGAAUUUCCUGUUUGGGGAUAUCCGUAGCCAGAAGUGCAAUACUGAAAGCUGGAUUGGCACACUACACUACAUCUCUGGUGCUGGCAGUUCCGAAAGGUCGUCCGUACACCGCUUUUGAGAAACUUUUUCGGCCUUUUCAAGCUAACGUAUGGUGGAUCAUUGCCACAGUGAUUUCAGGGGCGGCGUUCAUCAUCACCAGCGUCGAGCUCAGAAGCCUAACCGUUAGGAACUUCGUCUACGGGCAACAGACACGUACUCCGUAUCUGAACCUGAUUCAGGUAUUCUUCGGCAUUGCGAUGCAUCUCAUGCCAACACGGAACUUCGCCCGAACUCUUCUAAUCUUUUGGAUCUACUUCUGUUUCGUGAUGAGAUCACUCUACCAAAGCGCAAUGUUCCGGUAUCUCCAGCAGGAGUUGACGUUUCCUCCCUCGCGGUCCAUGGCCGAAAUUGAUCGAACUGCCGCCCUCUACUACGUCGUUGAAAGCGGCGAACGCUACUACGAAGCGUUCCCAGAUCGUCUUUUGAGAGUGCGUCACCUCCCUCAGGAGAAGAACAACAUCAUCAACCGGCUGGAGUGGAUGAUCCACCACCCAGGCUCGCCGGACGUGGUUCAAGGCUGCCUGGACCACAUGGCCCAUCACAAUUGGCUGUUUGGCCGGAAGGGUGGCCGCGUGGACAUCUGUCCGGAGUUCAUAUCGACCUUCACGGUUACGAUCUACUACCCGAAGAAGUCGAUGCUGACGCGACAGUUCGACCGCCAGAUACAGUGGAUCCAGGCCUCGGGACUGAUGAGCUACUGGAUCAACCUGUACGGGGAUUACGAGUUCAAUAGGGUCGAGUCGAAAGGGGGCUCCGAGCCGAGACAGUUGAGCAACGGGCACCUGGCGGUGACGUACGAACUGUGCGGUGCGAUGUUUGGGCUGAGCUUGCUGGUCUUUGCAUUGGAGCUGGCUUCCUGGAGGGUUGGUUGGAUGAGAAGUGUUCUGGAACGGUUGAGCGGUAUGGGGGAUUACAGGGAGUGAAUGCGUAGCUGAUUU